UGAGUGUUUCCUCCGGCUUCACAUCGCGGAAUCUCUCAGGUGUUUUGAUGAAGUGUCAUGGAGGCUGUUAGCCGCCACCACUGCUGACGGUUUUGUUACUGUCUGAAUCCUGAUUUUAAUCACUUAGUCUCACUGUCAGCUCCUCUAAGGUAAAGGUGGACAGCCAGUAAAAUCAUGGAGUCCAUGCUCAAUAAACUAAAGAGCACCGUCACUAAGGUGACGGCUGACAUGACCAGCGCCAUCAUGGGCAACCCUGUCACGCGGGAGUUUGAGGUGGGCCGACAUAUCGCCAGCGGAGGUCCAGGAAUGAGCUGGAGGAUCUACAAUGGCACCAAAAAAUCCACCAAACAGGAAGUGGCAGUUUUUGUGUUCGAUAAGAAGAUCAUUGAUCGCUAUCAGAAGUUUGAGAAGGAUCAGAUUAUUGACUCACUGAAGAAAGGAGUUCAACAGCUGACCCGGUUACGACAUCCGCGCCUCCUCACGGUUCAGCAUCCGCUGGAGGAGUCCAGAGACUGUCUGGCGUUCUGCACAGAGCCCGUGUUCGCCAGUCUAGCGAACGUGCUCGGCCAGUGGGACAACCUCCCUAGUCCUGUUCCCACAGACAUCAAAGAAUACAAACUCUAUGAUGUAGAGACAAAAUACGGCUUACUGCAGGUCUCAGAGGGUUUGUCGUUCCUCCACAGUGGGGUUAAGAUGGUUCAUGGUAACUUGUGUACCGAGAACAUCAUCUUGAAUAAGAGCGGAGCCUGGAAGAUCAUGGGCUUUGACUUCAGUAUCUCCUCUAGCAACUCGUCGGAUGCUGAGCCCAAGUAUGUGUGUAAAGAGUGGGACCCCAAUCUACCGCUUCUCUGCCUCCCGAACCCAGAAUAUGUCGCUCCUGAGUACAUCCUAUCCGUCAGCUGUGACGUGUCCUCUGACAUGUACUCACUGGGCGUGUUGAUCCAUGCCGUGUUUAAUGAAGGCAAGCCCGUCUUUCAGGUCAACAAGCAGGACAUAUUCAAGAGCUUCAGCCGACAACUGGACCAGCUGAGCCAUCUGAGUCCAGGAGUGUUGAGUCAGAUCCCAGAGGAGGUACGGGAACAUGUGAAGAUGUUGCUCAGCGUCACCUCCAACGUGCGUCCGGAUGCAGAUCAGAUGACAAAGAUUCCCUUUUUCGAUGAUGUAGGAGCGAUGACACUUCAGUACUUUGACUCGCUUUUCCAGCGGGACAACUUGCAGAAGUCUCAGUUUUACAAAGGCCUCCCGAAAGUUCUGCCCAAGUUGCCCAAGAGAGUGGUGAUAUACAGAAUCCUCCCGGCGCUCGCGUCUGAGUUUGUGAAUCCUGACAUGGUUCCAUUCGUCCUUCCGAAUGUGCUGCUCAUCGCUGAGGAAUGCACUAAGGAGGAAUACGUCCGCCUUGUUCUCCCAGACCUCACCCCAGUUUUUAAACAGCAGGAACCCGUACAGGCCAGCAACAUGAUUCUGCUGAUAUUUCUACAAAAGAUGGACUUGCUUUUGACCAAAACUCCUCCUGAAGACAUCAAGAACAGUGUUCUGCCUAUGGUGUACAGAGCGGUGGAGGCCCCCUCUAUUCAAAUACAGGAACUUUGUCUGAAUAUCAUUCCCACGUUUGCCAAUCUGAUUGAGUACCCAUCUAUGAAAAACGCACUUAUCCCUCGUAUCAAGUCUGCCUGUUUACAGACAUCCUCGCUAGCGGUGAGGGUGAACUCUUUGGUGUGCCUAGGCAAGAUUCUGGAAUACCUGGAUAAAUGGUUCGUCAUUGAUGAAAUUUUACCAUUCCUGCAACAAAUUCCAUCCAGGGAACCAGCAGUGCUCAUGGGCAUUCUGGGCAUCUACAAGUGCACUUUCACCCAUAAGAAACUGGGCAUCCCAAAAGAGCACCUGGCUGGAAAGAGUUUACCUCAUCUGGUGUCACUUAGUAUUGAUAACAACCUGAACCUUAACCAGUUUAACUCUUUCAUGGCUGUGAUCAAGGACAUGUUGAGUCGCAUGGAGGCGGAACAUAAGACCAAAUUAGAGCAGCUGCACAUCAUGCAGGAGCAGCAGAGGAGUUUAAACAUUACAAAUCAGCUGAACCAAUCAGAGGAGACUAAAAACACACCCAGCCCAGCCACAAAAGUCAGAGAUAUUGAUGAGAUCUUUGGUGGCAGUUCAGGAAGUGCAGGUGUGAAUGGUAACCAGAAUGGUUCCUCAUCAACUGUUUCACAACCUUCACGAGUAUCUCUCACCCUGGAAGAAAAGCAGCGUUUGGCUAAAGAACAGGAACAGGCUGCUAAACUAAGAAGCCAGCAGCCAUUGGCUCCACAGAGCAUCAAACCAGCCACAACAACAACUCAGGCAAAAGAUCUGACCAGCAGUCUUCUGAACAACAUGACAUCACUGAACAACCUCGCUUUAACCUCUGGGACCAGGACGAUGCCCAUGCAGGGUGGCACCAUUUCCUCUACCUUCCCAGCAGCACCCACCAUGGGUGGAAUGGGCACCAUGGGCGUCAGCAACGGCUUCAAUUCACCCAUGGGAUUCCAAACGGGAAGUAUGGGAAUGGGCAUGAGACCCGCCACUCCUGGCCUCUAUGGAGGGAUGGCCACCACAACCAGCGCUCCAAAUUUCAGUGCCCUCACCCAAAACCAGAACCAAAACCAAUCCGGCAAACCCCCAGACAUGUCCGCCCUAGACUCCCUCUUCACUUCUAGUAAACCCAAAGUCAGCCUGAACCAAAUGGCCCCUAAACCGGCUCAAGGAACCACUGCACCUGCUCCGUGGCUCAGUCAGUUUGGUACAGGCCAACCUUCCCAGACUGCACCCAUACAGGCUACUCCGAUGGCCAUGACCGGAGUUCAAGGUGGUUUUGGAAUGCAAGCAAACCCAUUCUUCAACCCUCAGAACUUCUCGCAACCUGUGGCCUCUUCCACAAUGAACACUGGGAUGAUGAAGCAAAGUGCGUCAGUCAACAACGAUUUUAAGGACCUCUUCGGAUAAAACAUAUGCCUUUCAUUCACUUAUGUGGGAAUCGAAAGCGAAACAACAUCGGCAGCAAAGACGUCGGAGGGUUGGACAUGGUAUCUUAAAAGAAGAUUUUCUGGUUUUUGUCUCUCUUUUUUUUGGCUCUUUUAGCACCUUAUGUGGACAGUCAACUUGUCACCUUGUGUGAAUCAAAAGUAGACGGCACCAAACAAACUGUCAGGUUUCUACUUGAAAUCUUGAGCUCUUCUACCGAGAACUGCUUCAGGUGGUGUAAGCUUUGCAUUUGUUGUUUGGUUUAGCGCGCGCCCCAGAAGAAAGAUUCACAUACAAAAGAGGUUAACAAAUUGGACGUAACAAACUCAAACAUUUUUGGUUUCAUUUCCAUUUUGCUUGAGCCUCACAUUCACUGCUCGUCUGAAUGAGCCGACUUCCGCUACUAGAACAAGCGUCAUCGAUGGCCUCAGGAAUUGCUGAUGUUGUCUCGCAAAAGGAAGUCUCUAAGUUGUGUUCUCCCUUGUCUGAGAUACAACGAUCAUACGAAAAGUAAAGAAAUAAGUACAAUGCAUAGUUGGUUCCUGAAUGAGUCUUUUUAUAAUGUGUUAUUUGUGUAUAUACUGUAUCUGGUGAUUUAUUGUUUGAGUUUUAUAUUGAUACAUGAUCCAUGAGGUGAAAUUUAUUAAAGGAAGUACACUGUC